GCACUUGGCGCGAACAACGUUGCUGAACAGCAGCUACUGCGACGUUUGGGCCGUGGACAUGGAUGCAACGGAGCUGGAGGACGCGCCCGUGGAUGACGUGCUCGAUGCCAUCUUUGGUGUGCUUCCAGGCAGCCACGCCAGCUUCGGCAGCAAGGAUCGCCAGGCUGGCAACGACGGCCAAGGAGACCGCAGCGAUGCGGACGGGGACAGCGAGGACGCUGAUGACCUAGGACAAACGCAUCAGGAAAAGGAAACCCGCGAAGUCCUCAAGGAGCUCGAUACCCUGCUCAACACGCCAACCGUCAUGGAGCGCGCCAUUGAGGAGGAGUUUCGGCUGAAUGGCAAGGAUGUGUUCUUGUUCUGUGAUCACGACACCGCAGAGGAGUGCGCCCAGCAGUCUGUCUCUGGCAUGCCCUGCGACAGGCUUCACUUUCGUCGCGUCAUUCAACCCCACACAACCCAUCGGUACGGGAACUGCCGAUACCUGGAUCGCUGCUUUGACAUGCGUACAUGCAAGGCCGUCCACUACGAUGUGGAUGAGAGCGACGUCGAGUGCAUUCGCAGGCGGCUCAAGCACAAGAGAGAGCUCGCAAGGCAGCGGCCGGAUCUGGAAGCCCAUAUCGACCUGAACGUGUUCCGCACGUUUCCCGCGCAGUGGAUCCAGUGUGAUGUUCGUUACAUCGACUUCAGUGUCUUGGGCAAAUUCAGCGUGAUUAUGGCGGACCCUCCGUGGCGCAUCAACAUGGAGCUGCCAUAUGGGACCAUGAGCGACGAGGAGAUGAGGCAAUUGCCCGUGCAAGACCUGCAGGACAACGGUGUGAUCUUCCUGUGGGUGACAGCGCGCUGCGUUGAUCUUGGACGGGAGCUGCUUAAGCGAUGGGGAUACAACUACGCCAAUGAUCUCAUCUGGAUCAAAAUUAACCAACUGCAAAAUCUAGUACGCACCGGCCGCACAGGCCACUGGAUGAACCAUGCUAAGGAGCACUGCAUGAUUGGGGUCAAGGGCAAUCUUGACGGCAUCUACCCAGGCAUCGACUGCGACGUGCUGGUGUCUGAGGUGCGGGACACGAGCCGCAAGCCGGACGAGAUCUAUGGGCUCAUUGAGCGCCUCUCACCGGGCACGCGCAAGAUUGAGCUGUUUGGGCGUCCACACAACGUGCAGAGCAACUGGCUCACACUCGGCGACCAGCUCCAGGGUGUGCAACUGGAGGACGACGCACUGGUUCAACGGUUCACAGAGCGGUAUCCAUACUCCCCCGCUGACACGCUGUCGCUGCUGCUGCAGAACAAGCUGCCCUCCUCAAGCACAGCACACAAGGCCCGCGGCGAGGAGCACAGCGACGUGGACACGAGCGCAGGGCCACGCGCACGCCAGCAGUCGCACCGUCACCAACACAACCAUCGUCACCAACAUCACCUCGACGAUUCACACAAUCGCCAUUCACAAGCCCAUCAUCACCAGGAGCGACCCAGCAGCCGCCACCGGCCCAGUCACCAGCACCGCCAUCAUGAUGAUGGCGGUGGUGACGAUAGUGCUGAGCGCGCUUCUCGGUCCGGGCGGGCGCGAACGCCGUUGCGGACAGUGCACACACAGCGGCGGCGUGACAGCAGCGAAGGGCGAGAUGAGCCCGUGGCAGUGAGGGGGCGGAGCAGGAGCGUGGGUCGGGAUGCGCUGCAGGCGUAUGGGGGAGGCAGGAGUGCAAGUGUAAGCGGAGGCCACAGCAAGGCGGAUGAGUUGAUGCACACGUAUGGACACCACGGUCCUCGCCGCCACGACCGCCAACACCAGCAUCAGUUUCGCUCUUCGCCCCGACAGCAGCAGCUGCAGCAUGUUUAUUACCAGCAGAGGAAGCCAGGGAGCAUACCUGAGUCAAGGAGCAUGUCAGUGGACCGCACUACCAGUCAUGGCAGCAGCCGUGGUAGUGGUGAUGGCAAUGACACGGGGCACAACGCCAGUGCCGGCAACAGACCCGUGUUUGUGCCGAGGUCGAACGCCGUGGAAGGCGAGGUGGUGCUGAACUUGCGUGGGCACUCUGGAUACUGGAAGCGGGAUAGGCACGGGUCCAAGAUCUUCAUCCGCGUGCUACCAAAGCGGAAGGACGAUGAUGAUGAUGAUGGCGGUGAUGAUGGUGGUGCCGGUGAUGAUGGUGGUGAUGAUGUUGAUGGCGGUGGUGGUGGGGUUGACGGUGGUGAUGGUGACACACCGCUGGUACCACCAGCGCAGCAGUCACCUCUCGCUGCCUCUGUGGCACCCCAUACUGGCUCCGUGACACCACCAACCCCUCAAACACGCCAGACAGUAUCACCAACACCACCACAAACGGGGGUGCAUGCGGAUGCAACGACAACUGCACCAAGUGCAGCACCAACAGCUGCAAACACAACGGCGACACCUGCGACGCUGCCUGCGUCUUGGAGUGCAGCAGACCUGUGGGGUGACAAGGUGGAGUGAAUAUGCUUAGCAGACACACAAACGGAGACAAGCAAGCGAGGCCACAGACGCAGGAGCAACGCAGACACGCACUUCUCGCUUGCAUCCCAUGUCGUCAUUUGGCAUUCCACAUCCCAAGGCCUUGACAGUCUUAUGGUAGCGUAUGCAGGAUCGUAUGACGAUCAUUACUUGAAAACAUAAACAACAAACGUUCGUC